UAUAUAUAUAUAUAUAUAUAUAAGUUAUGGUUGCUUCCCACCAACCAAACAAACCGAACAUCGUAAACGACCAGAAUAGUCAACACCAUCAAGUAAGGAAUCUGCAACGUCAGCAGGUGGAGCUAGAGAAGGAGCUGCAACGACUCCGCGCGCAUUUCUACGAAGAACAGUCUACAGCACCGCAACCGGACACCACCACGAGGCACCACAACGCGAUCCAAUAGAGUGUGCAUACUCAGCAAGUAGCUGGACAGGGCUCAUAGGUAGUCAGGGACUCAGGAUAGGUAUAAUAAAUCAGUCUAGAGUCAGAGCUCUAAGUGUGAAGUUCAAUUUUGUGUUUUUUAAAAACCUCUAUCCGCAGCCCCGUUUUAUAACUGGCUUAGUGCGGUAGGAUACAGUGGUGCAGUGAUAAUUAAGUGAGUGCGUUCGUGGAAUCGUCGACGAGGGAAUAUCGACCGACGAGGAAACAUCCCCAAAGGAAUAUUGGAGAUUUGCAGCGAACUCCGGAAUUGUCACCACCCACGGACCUGAUUGCUGACUCCCAUCAUCACCCGCGCGACGGCUUAUCGCGCAAAAAUAAGGAUAUUCUUACCGAAGAGGGACAAGACCAGAUCAUCGAGGAAACGCACGACCGCGCCCACCGCGGAAUCGAAGAUAAUUACAAGGUGAUCUCUGGAAAAUACUUCUUCCCAAGGAUGCGGAACAAGCUAAUAUGUGCUUCGAUCAUUAUAUACAGUAUAAUUCCAUACACAUUGGCAGACUCAUUUUUGAAUGUUAUAAACAUAGGAAAUAACCCAAUUGUCGAAAUCAAAAUAACCGAUUGUAAGAUACAAACCGGAAACAUAAAAAUCAUACACCCAGUGAAGCUAGAUAGAAUUGAGGAGAGCAUGGAAAUUAUAACCAAUUCAUUCUAUAACAAACUAACAAAUACUAACAACCCCUUACACGAAGUGAUCAAGUUCAGGAUUAAGAAGCUAUAUGCAACUCUCUAUGGAUUGAAGCCACAGCAGGCACGUCGCCACCGACGAUGGGAUUCACUAGGCACCGCGUGGAAAUGGAUAGCUGGAUCACCGGAUGCGCAGGACUUACACAUCAUCAACUCUACCAUGAACGAGCUUAUUAACCAAAACAACCACCAAUACAAGAUAAACGACAACAUCAACAACAGGAUUACGCAGCUCACGAUAACCGUUAACCAAAUAGCUAACUCCCUCAACAGUAAAAACAAGGCAAACCUGGAUGCCUUAGAUGCAGUCACAACAAUGUUAAACGUCGACGUCAUCAACGAGCUAUUGGACAACAUUCAAGAAGCCAUCACCCUCUCAAAGAUCUCCAUCAGUAACAACAAAAUUCUAUCUACGCGGGAAAUUAACAUCAUCAAAUCAACCCUUCAAGACCAAGGAGUACUCAUCCACUUCCCAGACGAAGCACUUCAAUUCGUUACCCCGAAGGUUGCUGUUAGAAACGGUGAUUUACUGUACAUCCUUAACGUUCCACAGCUGGAAUCUACAACAUCGACAAUCACAAGGAUCUACCCACUCAUCGUGGAUAAUCAAAUAAUCAGAUCAUACCCAAGCCACAUCAUACGACAUGGUAACAAAUUAUUCACGACCAGAAACCCAGAAGAUUUCGUCCAAAAAUCAACAUUCAUCACAGAGUUUGAGGACGACUGUAUCCAAGCCAUCAUAUUUGGAAAACAGUCACGAUGCAGUUCUAUUUUCCAAAACGAAACCACCCAACAACUGGUAAACGAGAACACCCUAUUAAUCUCGAAUGCCGUCAACCACACCUUGGAAACAAAUUGCGGACCAGAUACCAGAAGAAUCACCGGAAAUUUCAUCAUCAAAUUCAACAACUGCACCGUCAACUUCAACGGCCAAUCAUUCCGAAGUUCGGAAACGUUCAUCGACACCGAAGUAAUCAACAAUGCAUUUCACAACAGUUUAAUGGAAUGGAGUCUUCAUAAACCACACGACAUAGCAGAGAUCAGCAAUACUGCAGUUAGUAACCGGCAAAAAUUGGACCACGUAUAUCUGCAACAAGACAGUCUACAUUUCAAACUUUGGACAACGUUCGGAGGAAUUUCGAUAUCAACCAUACUUGGAUUUUGCGGUAUUUGCAUCAUCAUCAAAGUCAUCGUGAAAAACAUAACCAACGGACCGGGACGUUCCGUACUUGAGGAGGGUUCAGUUAUGGUUGCUUCCCACCAACCAAACAAACCGAACAUCGUAAACGACCAGAAUAGUCAACACCAUCAAGUAAGGAAUCUGCAACGUCAGCAGGUGGAGCUAGAGAAGGAGCUGCAACGACUCCGCGCGCAUUUCUACGAAGAACAGUCUACAGCACCGCAACCGGACACCACCACGAGGCACCACAACGCGAUCCAAUAGAGUGUGCAUACUCAGCAAGUAGCUGGACAGGGCUCAUAGGUAGUCAGGGACUCAGGAUAGGUAUAAUAAAUCAGUCUAGAGUCAGAGCUCUAAGUGUGAAGUUCAA